CUAAAAACAUUUGAGGUUAGAUUCUGAAGUUGAGUGAAAAUCAAAAGUGAAUCAAAAUACAGAACAAGCAUCAACAGAAGUACUGUAUUUUGCAAGUUUGUUUCCAAAUUGUACCUUUCGUAUUGAAAUUCGGAAUUUGUAUUGUUAAAUAAAUAAUGGAUGAUGAAGCUGAAACGUAUAAACUAUGGAGAAUCCGAAAAACUGUCAUGCAGUUAUGUCACGAUAGAGGCUACCUAGUAACUCAAGAUGAAUUGGAUCAAACAUUAGAACAAUUUAAGGAACAGUUUGGAGACAAACCCAGCGAGAAAAGGCCGUCAAGAAGUGAUUUAAUCGUAUUGGUAGCUCACAAUGACGAUCCUACAGACCAGUUGUUUGUAUUUUUCCCAGAUGAACCAAAAAUUGGAAUAAAAACUAUUAAAACCUAUUGUUCUCGUAUGCAGGAAGAAAAUAUCCAUAGAGCUAUUAUUGUUGUUCAAGCAGGUAUGACACCAUCUGCUAAGCAGUCACUAGUUGAUAUGGCUCCAAAAUAUAUAUUGGAACAAUUUUUGGAAUCUGAGUUGUUGAUCAAUAUUACUGAACAUGAAUUGGUACCAGAACAUGUGGUUAUGACACCAGAAGAAAAACAAGAGUUGUUGGCAAGAUAUAAAUUAAAGGAAAAUAUGUUAAUGAGAAUCCAAGCUGGUGACCCAGUUGCGAGGUAUUUUGGACUAAAAAGAGGACAGGUUGUAAAAAUUAUUCGGUCUUCCGAGACAGCAGGACGUUAUAUUUCUUACCGAUUAGUUUGUUAAGUAUUUUUUAUGGUAUGAAUGUAAUUUUAAUAAAUAAUUUGUAUAA